AUGGAUUCCGAUGGAGUAUUAAAGCUGGAUGAACGUGCCAAGAUCAUCAAGGGAAGCGACCGCGUCGUACUCCCCUGCGGCAGCCACAUUACGCAGCUUAUCAUAAAGGAAUUUCACCGAAGAUUUCUGCACGCUAACCACGAGACGGUGGUCAACGAACUACGACAAAAAUUUUGGAUACCAAAGCUGAGAUCCACCCUUGCUCGGAUACGACGUUCCUGCCAACAAUGCAAGAACCGACAGGCGGCCCCCAAACCGCCGCGCAUGGCGGAAUUUCCCUAUCCAAGAGUAGCAGCCUUUCAUAGACCUUUCAGCUACAAGGGUGUGGACUACUUUGGGCCUCUGAUGGUGCGGGUCAGACGCAGUUCAGAGAAACGAUACGGCGUGCUCUUCACCUGCCUCUCUACAAGAACAAUACAUCUAGAGGUAGCGUAUUCAUUAACAACUGACUCUUGUAUUCUAGCGGUGCGCAGUUUUAUGGCCCGACGAGGGUGCCCAGUGGAACUCUGGAGCGACAACGGCACCAAUUUUCAAGGAGCCUGCACAGAGUUGCGUAGGGCGUUCUCUCUCGCGUUCAAGGAUAUACUGUCUCGCGAGUUCACUGGACCCCAGAUGACAUGGAAGUUCAUUCCACCCGCAUCUCCCCACAUGGGUGAGCAGUUAGUGCGGUCCGUGAAGACGGCGUUGGAAUCAAUCCUGCUUGACAAACGACCAUCGGAUGAGUUGCUGAGAGACGCCCUAAUGGAGGCGGAGGCAAUCGUCAACUCGCGACCCCUAACAUACAUCCCAUUGGAAGAUGAGAACGAAGAAUCACUGACACCGAAUCAUUUCCUGCUUGGAAGCUCAACUGGAAGAGGACCGACGAUGGAAGCCCUACCCGAAGGAGUGCAGCUCAAGAAGAGCUGGAAGGAAUCACAACAACUGGCGGACUCGUUCUGGAGGCGAUGGCUUCAUGAAUACCUGCCAGUGAUCACUAGGCGGACCAAGUGGUGCGAAAAGGCUAAGCCUCUUGUAGAAGGGGAUAUCGUGUAUGUGUGCGAUCCUGGACAGCCGCGUAGCCAGUGGCCGAAAGGAAGAAUCCUGAAGGUGAACCUUAGCUCGGACGGUCAUGUGAGGAGCGCCGCGGUGAGGACCCAAUCUGGCGUUUAUACAUGA